AGGCGGUGAGCUCCCGAUGCCUAGAGGUCAUAUACAUAUACUGCAGGGCAUGACCACAGAGUCGUGUUCUACUCCGUUCUCUUCCUCCAGCAUCCGUCUCCGUCCACUCUUUUGCUUGUACUGACCCAAGUCAUUCCUUCCUGACACAACCUACACACUCUUUAGAAAAUGGCAUCCAACGGAACAGCACCGGCCGCGCCCCAGGCCAUGAUCGACCACAACGACGUGCAAGACUGGGUGAACCGCUUCAACGAGGCCCUGGCAGAUUCGACAACUGUCACUGCACCAGCAGCACAAGACGCCCGCCCAUGGCACUCAUCCUUCUUCGGCUGCUUUGCCCCCAUUGAUACUUGCUUCAUCACUUGCUGCGUACCGUGCGUCACCUUCGGCAAAACCCAUCAUCGCAGCCGCAAGCAUGGAAACAUGGAGGGAUACAACUGCGUCAAUGCUUCUUGCCUCAUGUUCACCGGAUUCUCCUGCUUCGGCCUCCACUUUAUCCCCAUGAUGUUCCAGCGCGCCGAUAUCCGCAAGAAAUACAACCUCCAGGGUGACUGCAUUGGCGACCUGCUUACGUCGUGCUGCUGCGCUUGCUGCUCGCUCAUCCAGCAAGAUAAGGAGGCCGAGAUCCGGGAGAAAGAGUUGGCCGAGAAGGUCAAUGGUACCGGAUACACGAAGCCACAAGACAUGGCAUAUCCUGCUUAAAGCGACGGUGUGUCUUAAGGCGGGGUUGCCCAGGAUCUGGAGCUCCUAUAUGUGAUAUCUCUUGUAUUUUUGACGGAAUACUCCCAUCCCGUCAGCGUGUAAUGGUCAAUUGGAAGACGAUCUCAAAUUUGUCCUGUUCCCGCGCUCACUAUUGUCUGUCGAGCCCUCGUCUGCCGUGAAGUGCCCAGACAGUCAAAAGAAGCCUUCCCCAACAGUGCCUAUACAACUUUCAUGAACAGCCAAACCGUUCGACUCGACAUCGAGGCUCAAAGCGUCUUUAUAGCGUAUCC